AAAUAAAGACGCAAGAGUGUUCGAGAAUCUGCAGCAUUAUUCACUACAUAAGACGCAUCUAUAUAUUGACCCCAGACUUGCACCUUAAUCCUCAUAGAGAAGAGAACAAACAUCAAGUACUGAGAGGGAUCAGAGAACUAACCAUUGUCACCACUCUCCUUUUACCCCUUCUACAAGAAAAACAAGCUCUAACCAAAAGAUGAAGCAAAUCUAUCUUUCUAUGUUAGGUUUUUUCUUUAUAACUCUGUUCCUCGGAAAGAUCAAAACAACUGAAGGGUCCUUGCCAUCUGCAUUCGACACUCCGGGAAGUCUACUAGCUGAUCUCUGGCGAGAUCGGUUUCCUGAUCCUUUCAGAGUCUUGGAGCAAAUCCCAUUAGGUAUUGAGAGGGAUCAGAGCGUGGCUCUGUCUCCUGUACGAGUAGACUGGAAAGAAACACCAGAAGAGCAUGUGAUCAGGCUCGAUGUACCAGGAAUGAAGAAGGAUGAGGUGAAGAUAGAAGUGGAGGAGAAUCGAGUUGUGCGAGUAAGCGGUGAGAGGAAAAGAGAAGAGGAGAAAGAAGGAGAUCACUGGCAUAGAGUGGAGAGAUCACAUGGCAAGUUCUGGAGACAGUUUAGGAUGCCUGAUAAUGUGGAUUUGGACUCCGUCAAAGCCAAGCUUGAUAACGGAGUACUCACCAUUACCAUCAACAAGCUUUCCCCAGAAANUUGCGAUGAACGAAAACAAGAAAACCAUUGCGCCGAUUUUUCAUCAACCAGUCUUUUCUUAUUUCCAGCGGAGACCAAAAUCAGUAUGGUUUGGGUUGUUUUUGACAAUGAAGAUGGUGAAGAAACAUACAAGCAAAAAGAGCAAGCUUCAACAGGGAGUACAAGAAAGUUGCAGAAGUCAGGUAGAGGUCACUGA